AUGUGGAAAUACUUGUGGUCUAGAAAUGAGCCAACCGUCAAUGUCCCGAGAUACCAGGGAGGUGAUAAGGAAGAUUCCAUUGAUCUUCAAAUCAAAUCUUUGAUGUACAUGUUUGAGAGACUGAAGGUAUAUAACUUUGCGCCUUUUCUCAAGAUUUUGGACUCUGGGGAACUUUCAUUUGAUUGGCUUUCAAAACCUGAUGCGCCGCUUCAUCCUGAUGUGAUUAUCAACGAUAAGCUGGACUCAGUUUAUGAUAUCCAAUCAUUUAAAAAGAUCCUCCUUGAUGACCCUUAUCGAAUUCUGAUUGACUACUGCAAAAACAAAUUUAGGUCAUAUUUGAUUCUAAGCGAUAGUCCUAAAGAGUUUUUAGAGCUUCCUAAGUUCAAGGCUCCAGAUUUUCGCUUCACAAUUUUGAAAGCCAACUCCUCGGAUAAAGAUUACAUUGAUGUUUUGGUCAACAAGUCUGAUAUAUACAAGGAACACAACAUUAGCCAACAAGUGAAGACAGAUAUAGCCAGAGAGAUCAUAACUGCGCAACGAGCCUGUUCUAACCACAAGAUCUUCAAUAAGAACGAUCGAACAAAGAUUAUUAGAUUCUAUGUUCAAAAACUUGCGUACCACGUACAAGUGGAAAGAAUAUACAAGGCAACUUUGAAGUCAAAAGAACAGAGGCUUCAAAGUACCAGGCUUACAAUGUCUGAUGCCAGUAGACAAACAGGUUUGAGGUCCCCGAGGUCUGCAGUCAACCUGCAAAUCGCUCAGCCGCUGAAAUCCAGCAAUCGCAAUACUUUACGAACUAAAGCAUCCAUGUCAAUUAUGAAACUUGAUAAAGCAUACUUGGAAAGUUCUCAAGAAUCGGAUUCAUCGGAUACGUUGAUAUCAUCUGGGACAUCGGAAACGGGAAGCGAUAACUCCCUGGAGACACGCGUUCAUGCGGUCGGCACGCGCUCCGGCAAAUGCUUCACAGAAGAAGAGAAGAGUUUUACGUACGAGCAAAGUAAAUUAGCAGUCAGGAUAAGGAUUGAACGUGAGAGAACGCACUUGACAAAGUCAUACGCAUAG